CUCGUCUUUCUUUUAGCUGCGCUGCUGCGAACCAAAAGGCACGCCAGCUUCUGACCAUUAUCGAUUUCUGUCAUCCUUCAUCUUCAUUGUCCAGCGCUUCUGUCUUUAUUCUUGCCGUUAUUUUCCUUGUCGACAUCGAUACGACGCUAUAUCUCGUCUCCACCUCCGCCAUCCAAAUGACGAGAAGCUUCUGCCCAGGCACAUAUGCCCUCGUCCAAAUCGUCACCCGGGCGGUGGCCUGGAUGACGGGCGUGACGACGCUGGUGAUUCUGGCCUUUAUCAUCAAUCAAUGGUCGGACAAGGCUGGCGCUGUUGCGGCUGGCCUUGUGGGGUCCGCCAUCGCCAUCCUCAACGACUCGUACAUCGUCGUCGCCAAGCUCGAUCGCGCCUUUGGCUUCAGCCCGCUGUCGCCAGCACGCGCCCUCCUCCACGACCUCUUCUCCCUCGCCAUAUCGCUCGGCGGCAUCGUCAUGAUCAUCUUCUCGCGCUACACGUACCAAGCCGAUGCAUUUGCCGCCCUCGAGAGCGAUUCGUCGCCGCAAAUCACCAGCGGAGUGGGCGAUCCCGAUGUCAUAAGCAGAGAGGGCUUUUCACAGAACAAAAUGCUGGCCAUUUCGGUGUGGAUGCUCACAGCUGUCGUGUAA